GCGGAGCAGGAAGGGGGUGCUGGGAGCAGCCGGGCCGGGCCGGGCCGGCCCAAGGGCGCCUUCGCCUGGGAGCUGGGCGCGGGGCCGCGGCGGAGGCGGAGGCCAGCGGGCUGGCGAGCGCAGAGAAGUUUGGCGGCCCAGGGCCCGGCGUCCCGCGGUGGCAGAGGCCGGGGCCAUGGGGGCGGCCAGGGGCGGCCGGGCGGGGGCGGUGCGGCGCGCACCAAGCCCUUAGAGCGGCGCGGCCGCGGCGGCGCAAAGUUAGCCCGGCGGCCCGGGACGAGCGGCGCAGCCACUGGAGCGCCCGCCUCGGCCAUGGGCGAGCACCCCAGCCCGGGUCCCGCAGUGGCUGGCUGCGCCGAGGCGGAGCGCAUCGAGGAGCUGGAACCCGAGGCCGAGGAGCGGCUGCCCGCGGCGCCCGAGGACCACUGGAAAGUCCUGUUUGAUAAGUUUGACCCUGGGAACACGGGCUACAUCAGCACAGACAAAUUCCGGAGCCUCCUGGAGAGCCACAGCUCCAAGCUGGACCCGCGCAAAAAGGAGGUGCUCCUGGCUCUCGCUGACAGCCAUGCAGAUGGGCAGAUCUGCUACCAGGAUUUUGUCAACCUGAUGAGCAACAAACGGUCCAACAGCUUCCGCCAGGCCAUUCUACAGGGCAACCGCAGGUUGAGCAGCAAAGCCCUGCUGGAGGAGAAGGGGCUGAGCCUCUCGCAGCGACUGAUCCGCCACGUGGCCUACAAGACCCUGCCCCGUGAGAUUGACCGCAAGUGGUACUAUGACAGCUAUACCUGCUGUCCCCCGCCCUGGUUCAUGAUCACAAUCACACUGCUGGAGGUUGCCUUUUUCCUCUACAAUGGGGUGUCUCUUGAUCAGUUUGUGCUGCAGGUGACCCAUCCACACUACCUGAAGAACUCACUGGUUUACCACCCUCAGCUCCGAGCACAGGCUUGGCGCUACCUGACAUACAUCUUCAUGCAUGCGGGGAUAGAACACCUAGGACUCAACGUGGUCCUGCAGCUGCUGGUGGGGGUGCCUCUAGAGAUGGUGCAUGGAGCCACCCGCAUCGGGCUUGUCUACAUGGCUGGUGUUGUAGCAGGGUCCUUGGCUGUGUCUGUGGCUGACAUGACCGCACCUGUCGUGGGCUCUUCCGGAGGGGUGUAUGCACUCAUCUCUGCCCAUCUGGCCAACGUUGUCAUGGUGAGUGGAUCCUGUUCCCUGCAUGUCUUCUCGCCUCUCCUUUGCCAUCACUGGGCCUGGGCAUUCAUUCAUUGGAGCUGGCCUGUCAAGUGCCAGAUAGAACUGACUGGUGGCAGGGUUCAUCCAUGCUUCUCUCCUCCUUUGCAGGCCCAUUUCAACUGG